AUGAAGGUAACGAGUCGGACUUUAUUAAGAAAAGGUUCUGGCAUCGCACAAAAUAUGGCAACACCAAUACUAAAUGAAAUGGAUGCGGCUAAGAAGAGACCUGUUAAUUACAAGCUUUUGCAAGAAGCCAAGAAGAGCAAAAUCAGUGCGAAAGGCAUCGGAAAGAUGCGCGACAAGCAAGGGUUCCAGUUAAAAAUUCAAGAUGUCAACGGCUCAAGAAAUAAACAAACGGACCCUGACUAUGAUGUUAAGAUCGAAGGGGCACUGCGCAAGAUUGUACCAUAUUUUUUCACUUACAAAACGUUUUGCAAGGAGAGAUGGAGAGACAGAAAGUUAAUUGACAUCUUCAUUGAUGAAUUUAGAGACCGCUCUCCUGAAUAUUAUAGAAAGACAAUUGCAGCGGGUAAAGUGUACCUCAAUGACUCUGUGGCAGACCUUGAUUCAGUGGUACGUAACGGUGAUUUAAUUACGCAUGAGAUUCAUAGACAUGAGCCUUCGGUGACUUCAAGACUUAUAAAAACGGUGUUUGAAGAUGAUGAUCUGUUAGUAAUAGAUAAACCUAGCGGAAUACCGGUACAUCCAACUGGUAGAUAUCGAUUCAAUACUGUGACUAAAAUUUUGGAGAAAGAACGAGGCUAUACUGUCCACCCAUGUAACAGGUUGGAUAGAUUGACAAGCGGAUUGAUGUUUUUGGCAAAAAAUCCAAGAGGCGCAGAUAGAAUGGCAGAUCAAAUGAAAGCUAGAGAAGUCAGUAAAGAAUAUGUGGCAAGGGUGGUAGGAGAGUUUCCUGUCGGGUUAAUAGUUGUCGAUAAACCGUUGAGAACCGUCGAUCCAAAAGUCGGUCUCAAUGUCACUUGUAAAAUUACGGAUGAAGGUGCCAAGGAAGCUCGAACUAGCUUUGAAAGGAUAAGUUUCGAUGGCAAGACUAGUAUUGUUAGGUGCAAGCCAUUCACUGGUAGAACUCAUCAAAUUAGAGUUCAUCUACAACAUCUAGGACAUCCCAUUGCUAACGAUCCUAUAUACUCAAAUCCUCACAUUUGGGGACCAUCCUUGGGCAAAGAUUACGAAGGAGAUUUCUCAGAUAUUAUAGGGAGCUUAGAUCUUGUCGGCAAGACUGAGUCCGCCGAGAGUUGGAUGCAUCCUGAUUCAUUUGGUGAAGUCUUACUCGGUCAGCAAUGUGAAAUUUGUGACACAGAGCUAUAUUCAGAUCCUGGUCCAAAUGAUCUUGAUUUGUGGCUUCAUGCUUAUCGGUACGAAUCCACCGAGCUUGAUUCUGAUGGAAAAAAAUUAUGGAGUUACAGAACGGACUUCCCUGACUGGGCGAUUGAGCCGCACAGAAAAUUUAUGGAGUUGGCGAUAGAUGAGGCAAGAAAUUGUGGUGAAACUCAAACUGCCUUUAAUGUAGGCGCACUCCUUGUCAACGGAACUGAUAUACUUUCCACCGGUUAUUCGAGAGAAUUACCAGGAAAUACUCAUGCUGAGCAAUGUGCAUUAGAUAAAUACUUCACAAAAUCAGAAGGUGCGAAACUUCCAGAUGGAACCAUCAUUUACACAACAAUGGAACCUUGUUCUCUAAGGCUCAGUGGUAACUUGCCAUGCGUAGACCGAAUAAUCCAAACAACUGGCGCUAUAAAGACUGUCUUCGUGGGUGUUAUGGAACCGGACAUUUUUGUCAAGAAUAAUACCAGCUAUCACAAGUUGGCACAAUAUGGAAUCGACUAUAUUCUCAUUCCUGGUUAUGAGGAAGAGUGCUUAAAGGUUGCAUGUAAAGGUCACGACAAAACCCAGAACUAA